AUGCGCGCAUGCGCUGCCAUUCUUAUUUUCGCGUCAUGUUUUAUUUACGCGAGACCGUAUUCACGUCGCGAAAACGUAACAGAUUCAUACAAUACAAGCACAAAUGUCGAUACCAUUAUUAGAUGUGCCUUAAGUAUUGGUAUGUCGAAAUGUGUGAACGGGUUCGGAGUAUGGAGAGCAGAAAGCGCUUUACAAGGAUCAGGCUACUUCAGAGGGGCGUUCCCUUGGCAACGCUAUAACAUUUCGGAUGAAGAACUAUCGGAGAGGUUAUUUAAUGGAGUCAACGGCCUUCUACAACGGCGGUCCCUUGAGAUGACUUUGAACAAUAACUACCUUUUGAAAUUGGGAACAACAAGUGCUGGAGUAAUGAAAAUCGACUUAGUAAAAAAUGACGAGGCGGCCACUAGUAGAAGCUCAAUGAAAAAGAUCACCAAACAAUUUUACGCUAUAAUGCCGCUUUUGAUAUUGCCAGGAUUACUGAUGUCCGCCAUCUUGCCUUUCUUCUUGCCGACAUUAAAAAUGAUGACCCUUGCCACGGGUAUGCUAAAUAAUAUGGCUUUAACCGGCGCUGUGUUCACUCUACUAAGAAAUAAUGCAUUCAAUGAUAAAUAUCAGAAGAAAGUGAUUUAUUUAAAUAAAGGUUACGUGAAUGAUAAGUAUCCACAUAUUAGCAGUUCGAUAUCGAAUGUAGUUGUUGAUACGAGUUUCGUCAACAAUUUGAAUGAAUACGCCGCUGAUGAUACGAAAGAUUUCCGUCUAGUUGGAAGCAAACCAGUCGGUAUAGACUAUCAAGUGACCCCACAGUGGUUAGAUAACGUUAGUGAAGGAGACGGAAAAAUACGUAAUGUGCAAAUUUUAGGUCACAAUGGCAAUUUCUUUAAUCCCUUGCGUAAACAAGACGAUUUGAAUAAUAACGAAGUUUUAGAUAGAAAUGAAUAA